GAGAUUAUAUGAUUUGAAUCCUUCAGACAAAGACAUGAUCGCAGAAGCGUAUAUAGAGAAGCUGCGUAUAGGGAGAGAUUGGAAGAACACGGAAGGAUGGACUUCGCAAUCGGAACUUGAUUCUCGAGAUUCAACUCGAUUUUUAGAUGUCUUUAGGCAGCAACAUCCCACUGAAUCUUGUUUUACGAGUAUAGAGUCGAAGAACAUGUCGAGGAAGGUGCAAAGGGUCAAAGGACCGCUCUUUCCCUGAUGCUACUGACUGCAUCGCUCUUUCCUCAGACAGCUUUUUUUGUCGCUCCUUCCUUCCGUCCCGACCAAUUUGCUCCUUCCACACUCCGUAGCCUGCCGUGGCUCCCUAUGUUGAAUCGCAGAGCCGUACUUUCCUACAGUGUGUUGCCGGGUCGCCGCUUUCUCCUCAGCAUACUCGCCAUCUUCGUAUUCAUGCAAUGGUUUGAAGACCCUGGUUGGCGGUAUGUGCCGACUACGAGGUCGCAAAUGCACUUGCGUGUUUUCUGUAAGAAGGCGAGCGAGUCAAAGAUCUUCGAGCGAAGUGAAAAUAACAUAGUAUCAGCGGAUUGUACCAAGCACGAAGGCCCAAAGACAACUACUGUAUUAAUGAGGGAAUCUUUCUUAUUCACGACCGUAGACUCCGACCACAGCUGUGUCUUUGCCGCCAAUCUUAGUCGCUGGCGCAAAAGACACGGAUGUUCUCAGUAACCACGUCUAGCGUUGUUGAAAAGAUUCAUCAACACAUCUGCCUGGGCUUGAGGUUGUGUCUGAGGAUGUGCUUGAGGAGGUUGUUGCUGCUGUUGAAAGUGCUG